UAUUCACACAAAAUUUGACUCAGAAGUUGCGAGUUACCGUAGCGACAUUUCUGUGUCCGCAAAUAAAGGCCGGAGGGAUUACAUCGGUAACAUUAGCUAGCCUGAUAUUUAACACAGCUGGACUGUAUGUUACGGAUAUUUUGCACAUUAAGGCAUCCAUUGCUUGGUCUUAACCUAACCUCAACCACUGUGACUGUUCACGGAAAAGCAUCACAUUGCAGGUCUCUCCCAAGCCCAUACACUGGAUUAGACAGAACCAGGUUGUAGGGAGCAACGACGCCUGGUGACGAAUAUUGAACAUGACAGACAGAGGUGGGAUAGUGAAGCCCAUUGUGCUAGUGAGAUGUUUAUUAAUGAGAUAGGGAUAGGGAUAAAGAGAGAGAGAGCACAAGAGCAGCUAUAAAAGGGGCUAAAGGCUAAUCUCAUAAAGCACUGCAAGGCAAGGCACCCUGGCUGUCCUCUGUUAGGUCCUCCACCAGCUGAAGAAGAAGCACAAGAAAGACUCUGAAAGACACACAAGUUGCAUGGGAUGUGUGCGUGUCUGACUGAAAUUUCUGAAGUUUGUUAAGAUUAAAUGGAAGGCAAACUGGUGAGUGAGAUUGUUUGGCUUUGUGGGUGUGAAAGUGGUUGUUUGUUUCAGUGUGUGAGCCAGUUGUUUGUGUGUGUGCCUACCAUGCCCCUGCCUGUGCCUGAUGUCCCGGCCUCCCGGAGGCUGGCACUGGACUGUCGUACCCUCCUGGAUCAUCGUGUUGGCAGGGGGGUGUGUGGUUGCUGUGGGGCUUUGCGGCCCCGCUACAAGAGGCUGGUGGACAACAUAUUUCCAGAGGAUCCGGAGGACGGCUUGGUGAAGGCUAACAUGGAGAAGUUGACGUUCUAUGCUCUGUCAGCUCCAGAAAAGCUGGACCGUAUUGGGGCAUACUUGUCUGAGAGGCUCUCGAGGGACGUGGCCAGACAUCGCUAUGGGUAUGUGUGUAUAGCCAUGGAGGCACUGGACCAAUUGUUGAUGGCGUGCCACUGUCAGAGCAUCAACUUGUUUGUGGAGAGUUUCCUCAAGAUGGUCCGUAAGCUACUGGAGGCGGACAAACCAAACCUACAGAUCUUGGGAACCAACUCUUUUGUGAAAUUUGCCAACAUCGAGGAGGACACUCCAUCGUACCACCGCAGCUAUGACUUCUUUGUCUCCCGCUUCAGCGAGAUGUGCCACUCCAGCUAUGAGGACCCCGACAUCCGUACCAAGAUCCGUAUGGCUGGUAUAAAUGGCCUACAGGGUGUUGUGAGAAAGACAGUGAAUGAUGACCUACAGUCCAACAUCUGGGACCCUCAGCACAUGGACAAAAUUGUCCCCUCACUGCUCUUUAAUCUGCAAUGUGGCGAGGGAACCGAGAGCCGCUCCCCCUCUCCCCUGCAAGCGUCGGAGAAAGAGAAGGAGAGUCCGGCGGAGCUUACUGAGCGCUGUUUCCGAGAGCUGCUGGGACGGGCCGCUUAUGGCAACAUCAAGAACGCUGUCACACCAGUACUCAUGCACCUAGAUAACCACUCUCUGUGGGAGGGGAAGACUUUUGCAGUCCGCUGCUUUAAGAUCAUCAUGUAUUCUAUCCAGUCGCAGCACUCACACCUAGUCAUCCAACAGCUGCUUGGUCACCUCGAUUCCAACAGUAAGAACUCAGCCACAGUGCGUGCUGGCAUAGUGGAGGUCCUUCUGGAGGCGGCUGCCAUCGCUUCCAGUGGCUCUGUAGGCCCCACGGUAUUGGAGGUGUUUAACACACUGCUGAGGCAGCUGCGUCUCAGUGUGGACUACGAGCUGACCGGCUCCUAUGACGCCAGCGGAAACAUCGGCACCAAGAUCAUCAAAACACAUGAAGAGAGACAGCUACAGGAGGCGGUCAUCAGGACCAUUGGUUCGUUUGCUAACACCCUCCCUACAUACCAGCGUUCAGAAGUGAUGCUCUUUAUCAUGGGCAAGAUUCCUGUUCCAGGGGUCCAUCCGGCACUGACCAAUGCAGGCUCUGGGGGUAAUGAAGGGACUCGGAUGAUCCAGAUCAUGUUGCUCAAGUCACUGGUUCAGGUAACGACAGGCUUCCAGACCACCAAUAUGCUAACUGCGCUGCCAAACUCAUUUCUGGAGCCCCUCCUCUCCUUCUCUCUUAUGGAGGACCCGGAGGUACGACUGCUGGUACUCACUAUACUCCUUCGAGUUAUAGAUCGUCAUGACAACACACCCAAGUUCUCCAGGAUCAGUAUCAUAUCAGAUAUUUCUGUUCUCAAACUGAAAGUGGACAAAUGCUCUCGACAGGACAACCUCUUCAUGAAGAAGCAUGCUCAGCAGCUGUACCGCCACAUCUACCUGGCUUGUAAGGAGCAGAGCAGUGGUCCACAGCACUUUGAGACACUCUACACCCUGCUGGCCCUCAUUAGCAUGGAGCUUGCCAAUGAAGAGGUGGUGGUGGACCUCAUCAGACUGGCCCUGGCUCUGCAGGACUUGGCUCAGACCAAUGAAGAGUCUCUGUCAGUGUACAACCGUUGUGCUGUCCAUGCCCUCUCUGCUGCCUACCUCAACCUCAUCUGUCAACUGACCACAGUCCCCACCUUCUGCCAGCACGUACACGAGGUGAUUGAGAUGAGACAGAAAGAGGUGCCAUUCCUUCUACCUGAGGGCGUCUUCAGAGAAAAUCCAAAGCUCCCUGCCACUCUGGACAAGUUGGAGGGGGAUGUCCUGUUCCAGCAGUCUAAGAUCACUGAGGUCCUGGGUGGCAGCGGCUACAAUACGGACAGACUGGCCACACCCUAUAUCCCUCAGUUCACAGAUGAAGACCGCCUGUCCAAGAGGAAGAGCAUCGGAGAGACCGUCUCCCUACAGGUUGAGAUGGAGUCUAGAAACAGCCCGGAGAAAGAAGAGAGGACUCCAGCAGAGGAGAUCACCUUUGAAACCCUGAAAAAUGCCAUUGUAGACAGUGUUGGGAUGGAGGAGCAGGAGAGAGAACGCAGGAGGCAGGUGGUGGAAAAGUUCCAGAAGGCCCCCUUUGAGGAGAUAGCUGCUCACUGCGGUGCCCGGGCCACAUUACUUCAGAGCAAACUCAAUCAGAUCUUUGAGAUCACAAUUCGACCACCUCCCAGCCCUUCCGGCACAAUCUCGUCGGGCUACGGCCAGACACAGAGCCGCUCGGUGCCAGUCUAUGAGAUGAAAUUUCCUGACCUUUGUGUCUACUAGGCAUAAAGGUCAGGGAUCAACCCUGGGGAGGAGAGGGGUACAGGGGGAGUGAAGCUACCGAAACCCUCAGCAUUAAGUCACACUGACCUUCUGUUCCCCUUGCUACUCUCUCUCCCUCAACAGCUACUGACCUGACUGAGAAGGUGUUUUUUGCACUGUGAUCACAGACAAAAUAAACAGACAAAACCGCAGCAGUGUGAACGUCGGACUCUCCAUUCCCCAUGAUUAUAUGGGCCCCUUAGAAGGCUGAUGUCAUUGCCACAACCUUUGAUUAGACUGUAACCAGAAAUGCUGUUAAAAAUAAAACUAAAUUAACUAAGGAUUGAUUAAACAGGGAGGAGCGACCAUAGCAAUAUCCCCCCACUCGCUGAUUGACUCAGUGCAAGCACACCACUCUAAACAUCUGCCACUAGUGUCCAAACAUUGGCCUAGUUUGUCUCUUGCUGGAUGCCAUACCACCCAUAGUGCAACAACACCACAAUGGCCAGUUGUCAAAUGUAAUGAAAUAUAAUGCACUCAUUUGUUUUAUUGUAUUUACAAGUUUGGCACACACUUGGCAAUGGAAGUUGACAAUUAGAUUUGUUUUAUUUGUUUUCAGUGUAAUGACUACUUUUGAAACACUAGCUUCACUUUAGGAACAAAUCAUACAGUUUUAAUUGUACUGUGCAUUCUGUGUUUUCUUGGUGCUUUUCAUGUCUGCUUGGUUUUUAAGUCUCUGGAGUCAGAAAAGCCUUUUUAGUAUUGUUGCUUGUUAGCCAUGAGUGCUUUUGAUGUUUUCUUCUUUUUAAGUGUUUUAACAGUUUUAAAUGUUGUUUAUUUUAAUUCCGGAUUAGACUGCAAAUGUUUAGAUUUGUGACCUGUGCUCUAUCCUCCACUAUUUUAGAGUGCCUUACAGGUGACUCCAGCAGAACUAGAUUUAACCAGUUCAAACUGGUUAAAACCAGAAUCAUCCCUCAAGCCAGUCAUAGCUUUCCCACUAAGAAACAAUCAGAAGUAUGUUUAAAGUUUUGUUUACACAUUCAAACAUUAGGAUAUAGCCUCAUUAACUAACCAACCCUCUUUAUUCUUUGUCACCAGAAUGUGCCUUCGUAAAAUAUUUAGACCCUUGAUUUUCUCAAUGUUUUGUUGUGAUCGACUUACUUUUUAAUUGAGACCACAUUGUUUGUCAUCAAUCUAGACAGAAUACCUGAUGAUGACACAUUUUUCAGGUACUUCAGGUUUUUUUCUUUCAAUAUCUCACAUACAUAAGUAUUCAGACCCUUCAGUUAAUACUUUGUAGAAAUGCCUUUGCCAGCAAUCAUGGAUUUAAGUCUUCUUGGGUAUGUCUUCACCCGCUUUGCAUACCUGGAUUUGAGCAGUUUUUCAGAUUCUUCUUUUUAUAUCCUCCCAGCUUUCAGACUAGAUUUUCAAUGGUUUUCAAGACCGGUCAUUGACUGGGCAACUCAAACGCAUUCACAGACUUCCCCCAAAGCCACUCCGGCUUUGUCUUAGUUGUGCGCUUUGGGUCAUUGACAUGCUGAAAGUUGAAUCUUCGCACCAGUAUGAGAUCCUAUGCGCUUUUUUUCAAGGACCUCUCCGUAUUUUGUUUGCUCCAUUCAUCCUUCCCUUAAUCCAGACCAGUCUCCCAUUCCCUGUCGAAGAGAAGCAUCUCCAUAACCUGCUGCUCUUACUACCAUUCUUCAUCGUAGGAAUGGAUGGUUUUAGCCAGGUGAUGAGCGGUACUAAUAGUUUGAUAUUGGUCUCAUCAGACCAGAGAAUCGUUUGCCUGGUACUGUCAGUUUUUGAGACAGAAGGUCAUAUGAUUCCCUUAGUAUUCAUGGCUUGGUUUUUUUGUCUGCCAGGCACUGUGAAGUGUGAGACCUUAUGCAGACAGUGGUGUGCCUUUCUAAAUCAUGUUCAGUCAAUUGAAUUCGCCACAGGUGGGCAAUCAAGUUUUAUCGUCAUCUCAAAGACGAUUAAAGGACACAGGAUGCAUCUGAGCUUAAUUUGGAGUAUUAUGACAUUAAAGGUCUAAAUACUUAUGUAUUAUACUUAUCUCCUACUUAUGUCAAUACUUAUGUACAUGAGAUUGUCAUGUUCAGUAAAUGAAAAACAUUUCUAAAAUUAUCAUUGUCAUUAUAGGGUGUUGUGUUUAGAUUCAUGGCAAAAUAUAUAAUUAGCCAGUUAUAAAUUAAGUUGUUUAAAAUAACAAAAUGUGGAGAAAAUAAAGUUGUCUGAGUGCUUUCCAAAGGCACUGUGUAUGUAUCUACAGUACAUAAAGAAGUGAUGUUCAUAUUGAUACAUGCAAUGUAUAUGUUUUUGUGUAACUAUAAAUAUAAUUUUAGAUGACACUGACUCUAGCCAUAGUUGAGGGAAACGAAUAAAGCAAACGAGUGUGUCAUCAGUAUCAGGACUGACUGCAGCUUGGAAAGGGAUCGAAAGUUACUGCUGAAAGUUACUGAAAAAAAACGACAGAGGGUAAGAUUUUGUCUUUAGCUCUCCCAGACAUGUUAAUAUUUAUGAAACACCAGAGAGAUGUUGAAGGCAACCCCCUACCACCCCCACAAAAAAAAAAAUACCACCCCCACUUUUUCUGUGACUUUGGAUGUUGCUAAACUUCCCAGAUGAGACCACCUACAAAUGGUUUAGGUCAUCUGGAAACAAACAGGCCAUCCAGUCUAUACUCAGUCCAUAUUCUGUUUGUGUUUUGACAAAUUCUAUCUGUACUGGGAGUGGGUUGUGAUACCUUGUGUGCCCGUGACAUUGUGAGACUCCUUUUAAUAGUGUAAAUUGAAUCCCAACUGUUAUCUUUUUGUCAUAACCAGUUGCUGUCUGUCGCUUACACAACAGUGUCCAGGUUUUCAUGUGAUAUCUGUUAGCUGCCUGAGAUGAGGUGUUUGGUAUGUGAUGUAGUGUGAUGUAGUGUGUGUUUUUAUUUAAGUCGAAACACCCCGUGGGCGUACCAGAUUGUUUAUUGAUGUGUCCACUUCAACAGGGUUCACUGGAUGAAGCGUGCCUGUUGUGCAUUUUUGUGUGCGUGUAUGCCUGUACGUGUGUAUGCAUGUUUGUUGAUCCAUGAGCCCAAGACCAAACUAAUUAUGUAAGCAGGUUUACAACCCUUGACUCCGCUUCCUUUGUCAUGAGGAGCUAUGCUAUCCGCAAUUUGCAGCUCUCUGUCCUUCCUGUGAAACCAAUUUCUCAUCAUUUUAAUGUAAUAUAACAACUCUUUACCUUUCUCAGUAACAAUAAAACAAGGGUACAACUUAGUGAAAAUAUGUACUAAGACCUGUUACACCUCUGUCCACCUAUUUCUGUUUCCAUGUACGUAUUGUAAAUAUAGUUGUUUACAUUGUAUUUUACAUAGCUGUGCCAUAGGUAAAUCAAUCUAAUUGGUGAACUUUGCACUUUAAACUGGAUUCCCUACUGACAGAGGCAGCUUUUACAUGGAAACAAAUGCCUUAUGAUGUGUUAGAUCUGACUUUGCAUGCUAGUGAUGUAGCUCUGUAUUGUUUAAUGACCAUCUAGCUAUAUACACAUGUAUGUCUGUUACUGCUUUUUUUUUCUGAUCAAAUGUCCAUUCCAUUGAUUGCACUGAGGAUGCGGUUUUCAAAAACUAAACAUUAUCAAAAAUAAAAAACACCACUUGGAAUGUUUUUAAAAUCAUUUUCAACAAGAUACAGUGAUAACAGAUGUAGUUUUUUCCCCAAACACUAAUAAAACAGCAUGCACGUGAUUUUAUGAUGUGAAGUUUUCUUUCUUCCGGUUUGACUACAUUAUGUGAACUAUUUUGUCUUGUCAUUAAAACACUAAUGUGCAACAUUGA